AUGAAUUCACCUCUAAAAGAACUAGAAUAAAUUUAAUUAAGAUAAAUAGAAUAAGGAUAUUAUUAGAAUGAUACUGAAUAAAUUAAAUAGAUUUUAAAUUCAAUAAAGAUGAUUGCCUUUGAAAACAUAUAUAAAAAAAAUAUUGAACAACCUACAAUAAUAAAUAAAAAUUCUAAAUGUUAGAAUGAUGAUGAAAUUGCUUAAUUUUAUAGAAAUUAAUAUAAAUCAAUCGACGUUGUAGAAAGAUCUAAUUUAAGAUCAAGAAUGAUUAAUCAAAAACUUAAUGAAUAUUAAAGUAGAAAUACUCCAAAAAAUAUGAAAAUGGGUUUACCUUUACUUAAAAAUAGUGAAAAUUAAACAUGUAAGGCUACAAAAGCUGUUGUUACUCCUUAUACAGAGAGAGUCAAAUUUGUUAAGACUAAAACUUUAUUAAAUAAAACAAUGCAAUAGACUUUCAAUGAUUUUAGUUAAUAAUGGAUAAAAAAUGAGAAUUAGAAUUCUCCUUUGAUAAUUAAGAAUGAUUAAAAAAUUAAGAAAGGAUAAUCUAUAUUUUUAGAUGAAGUCACCAGUAGAGCACAAUCAAUUAUUGAAUCUGCAACCAUCAAUAAAAAACUUAAGUAAACAAUUUAAGAUUCUUGUGAUAUAUAUACAUAAAAUAACUUAAGGGAUUAGUAAUUGGCAACAACUUAAAUUUAAUUAGGUAAUCUAUCAUUUUAAGUACCAAAAUGCAAUAAAUUUAUAGUCGAUUAAGAAAUGAGAAUAUUAAGAAGUAGAAUAGGAAAUAGAAUGAAGCCUAAUAUACUUGUAAUUGAUUAAAGAAGAAUGUAGGUAUGA